GAGGGCCCACCUUCACUGUAGCUUUUACCAUUAGCCAUAGCUAUGGGCAUUUGCCAAAUUCCUCAUGGUCAUAUUUUUUAUGGCCCAUGAGUGUGGAGCUAUAAUUCUCAUUUUUUUCCCCUUAAUUCUCUUCAUGGGCAAAAAUAUGCCCAUGAGUGAGAGUGCUCUAAGAAUGCGAUUAAUAUAUUUUAUCAACCACACAACAUAAACUUCAUACUAUUGCCCGUCAAAAAAAAAAAAAAACUUCAUACUAUUGACUAUUGUAAUAAUGUAAUAGAACUCAAUAGUCAAAAUUUCAACAAAGACAAUGACUAAUUAUAUUUAUAAUUAAUUGAGUUAAAAACUUAAAACAAAAAAUCAAAUAAUUUGACCACAUUUCACCCUCGUCAAGAACUACCCUACAUAACAUAACAACCCCAUUUCCCAACUCCCACUUAUUCCUCCUGAUUUUGAUGCCGACAAAAUACAAAGUCAUUAAAAUCCUCAAAUAUCCUAAAAAACCCAACUUAGUACUAAUACUAAAAUAAUUAACUUAAUUAAUUCUCUUCAAAAAAAAAAAAAAAUCAAUUUAAUUACAAUAAUAAAUAAAAUAAUAAUAAAUCUCCAACUAAUCAAUCACUCACUCACUCUGUCACUCACACUCUUCAAUUCCCUCCUUCAAUUCAAUUCAUAUUCAUUUACUCCUCUCUCCCCUAACCAAAGCUUCGAAUCUCUCUCCUUUCUUUCUCUCUCCUCCUUUAAUGGCGAUCAAACUCACUCGCCUUCACUUUCUCUCUCUACCCUUUUCUUCUUUCUCUCUCCUCCUUCUUCAUCUUUCAACAUCUUCUUCUUUUUCUACAAUGUAAUGUAACCAUCACCCUGCAUUUAUUCAUCCUCUGAAAUCUUAAUUUGUUGCUCAAUUGAAUAAAAAUGGUGAAAAUUUAUAUCUUUUCUUCUUUCUAUAUCUUUAUAUUGCUCUCUGUUUUAUUGGGUUUUGUCCAAGCUAAUACUGAUGCCAAUGAUGCUCAAGCACUUCAAGUUUUGUAUGGUGCACUGAAUAAUCCUUCUCAGUUGACGGGAUGGAAAACGAGUGGCGGUGAUCCAUGUGGAGAGUCUUGGAAAGGGGUUAAGUGUGAUGGUUCGGCUGUUGUUUCCUUGGAUAUUUCCGGUUUAGGAGUAGGCGGAACAAUGGGAUAUUUGCUUUCAAACCUUGCCUCAUUGAAGACAUUGGAUAUGAGUAAUAAUAACAUUCACGAUCCUAUCCCAUUUUCAAUGCCACCGAAUCUAACAUCCUUAAAUCUAGCACACAAUAAUCUGAGUGGAAGCCUUCCAUACUCCAUUGUGAACAUGGUUUCACUUUCUUAUUUGAAUGUGAGCCGUAAUUCACUUUCUCAGCCAAUUGCAGAUGUGUUUGCUAAUCAUACAGCCCUUGCAACCUUAGAUCUAUCAUACAAUAAUUUCUCUGGAGAUAUCCCAGCUUCUUUUAGUGCCUUGUCUAAUCUUUCAACGCUUGAGCUUCAAAACAAUCAGUUAACUGGUUCUCUUGAUAUUCUUGUUCCUCUGCCUUUGGAUAAUCUAAAUGUUGCAAACAACCACUUCACUGGUUGGGUACCACAAGAGCUCAAGUCAUUACCCAACUUUAUUUAUAAUGGUAACUCAUUUGAUAAUGGCCCAGCUCCUCCACCGCCACCAUACACUCCACCUCCUCCUGGAACACCUUCUAAGCGAAGGCACAGAAAUUCAGGAGGUACUUCUCAGUCGCCUGAGAGUCCUGAUAGCCAGGCCUCCCAUGGAAAGAAAAAAUCUUCGCAUGUUGGAACUGUCAUCGGGGUAGUAUUAGGUGUUGUUUUCUUGCUAUUGUUGGGCAUCCUGCUUGCUCUUCUCUUCUGCAAGAGAAAAAGGAGAAAGAAAGAUGAUGGUGGUCGAAUGUCUGCACGAGGUGCCUCUAAUGGCAGUGAAAAAGUUAAUACAGAGAUGCAAGAACAGAGGGUCACAAGCACGGCUGCAGUUGUUGAUCUGAAGCCCCCACCAACCGAAAAUUCGGUGGUUGAGAAAAUGCAUGGGAAAAAUGGAUCUUUGAGACGAGCAAAAUCCCCUAUUACGGCUACUUCAUAUACAGUUGCUUCUCUUCAACUUGCAACUAACAGCUUUAGUCAAGAAAAUAUUAUUGGUGAAGGCUCACUUGGUCGGGUUUAUAGAGCAGAAUUUUCUAAUGGCAAGGUCUUGGCUGUUAAGAAGAUUGAUAAUUCAGCAUUAUCCUUGCAAGAGGAGGAUAAUUUUCUUGAAGCUGUGUCAAAUAUGUCGCGCCUCAGACACCCGAACAUUGUCUCACUUGUAGGAUACUGCACAGAACAUGGGCAGCGUCUUUUAGUGAAUGAAUACAUUGGGAGCGGGAGUCUGCAUGAUAUGCUACACUUCUCUGAUGAUGAAAGCAAGAGAUUGACAUGGAAUGCACGAGUCCGAGUUUCACUUGGAACAGCCAGAGCUCUAGAGUACUUGCAUGAAGUCUGUUUGCCAUCUGUUGUACAUCGAAAUUUCAAGUCAGCAAAUAUUCUUCUUGACGAAGAGUUCAACCCUCAUUUGUCAGAUUGUGGACUGGCUGCUUUGAAUCCAAACACAGAGAGACAGGUGUCAACCCAAAUGGUAGGUUCGUUUGGUUACAGUGCUCCAGAGUUUGCUUUGUCUGGAAUAUACACCACAAAAAGUGAUGUAUAUAGCUUUGGGGUGGUGAUGUUGGAGCUUUUGACAGGGCGUAAGCCUUUAGAUAGUUCUAGACCAAGGUCCGAACAAUCACUUGUUAGAUGGGCUACACCACAACUGCAUGAUAUAGAUGCUCUAGCCAAAAUGGUUGAUCCCACUCUUAAUGGCAUGUAUCCUGCAAAAUCCUUGUCUCGGUUUGCUGACAUCAUUGCUCUCUGUGUUCAGCCUGAGCCAGAGUUUCGACCACCAAUGUCAGAAGUUGUACAAGCAUUAGUCCGGCUGGUGCAGAGGGCAGGUGUUGCAAAAAGGCGAUCCAGUGAUGAAUCAGGUUUUGGGUUCAGGACACCAGAUCAUGAGGCAAUCAACAUGUCAUUUUAAAAAGUCCGGAAAGUGAGAUUAAUCGGCACCAAUUUUGUUUUUAAGUCCUAACUGAGUUGUAUUACUGCUUCCACCUGUGUUGCUCGAAGCCUUGAGGGAAGACAUGGAGAGUGCGAGAGUUGAUCAUAAUCGGAGUUUAUAGAAUCUGUAAUUAGUCUCUAAGCAUGUAACAGAACUUGUCCUGAGUACAUAUAUUAUUUCACUGGCAAUGUAAUUAAUUUUUUCACCCAAUAGAAAAACCGAGUGUAAAGUCAGAACGUUCGCCGUCUACUGUUUUGGAAACACUUCACCUGUUUCCAUGGAUCUAUACACCUUAUUACUCCGAGCUGCAAAUAUGAGCUGCAUUUCUGAUA